GUGGAAGUUUCUGUGGAUGAUGAAAGUGACGUUCAGUGCUGAGAUGAAUUUAUUAUUUCGCGUUAGUUGCUCCUAAUAGAUAAUGUCGUGCACAAAUUUAAUUGACCUAAACGAUGAUUGCCUUUUGUGCAUCGUGUCAUUCCUUGAGCUUCGCGAGUUAGUCAAUUUUGAGCAUGUCUGCAGGCGAACGCAACAAAUAGCGCGAAUGCGUUAUCGGAAGUACAGUAAAUACAAACUUCUGCUAAGGGAUGAGAAUAUGGAGUCUGCAAAAAUCCUCAACAGCAUUGGGGAAUUUAUAGAAAUAAUGGAAUUUUCAAGUGGUUUCAUGAUCAACAACAAUAUUAAUAAAAGAAUUUUGAAAAAUAUUGCAAAUUUCUGCAUAAAUAUGCAUACACUUACGCUUAGAUAUUUCAGUCUAAACAACGCUGAGAGAGUACAGCAAUUAGAACACAUCACCAUUUGUUCAGCCCUGAAGACUUUAUAUUUAGUUAAUUGUGAUGUAAAUAUGGAUCUUAUAGAAGGAUUCCAAGAGUUAAAACACAUCACAAUAAUUUAUGAGUAAGGAAAUUGCAUUUUAAAAUUAAAUAUUUUACACAAAUUUUCCAUUUUAACCGUUAUCUUAAAAA